AUGGAACAAUCAAGAUACUUGCCUGAAGGCAUCAUCCAUCGUAUAUUACGUUUUCUCGGUGCCACCGACCAAGCCCGAGUUUGUGUUCUAUCGAAAGACUGGCUCCACGCAUGGCAGACGUGCCCUGCCCUGACGUUUUCCGAUCAGCCAUUAAGAUGUCUGUUUCAACAAGCACUUGGAAGGGGCGAUGAGGAGUGCGAGAAAUACUGCAGACAGGGUAGAUUAAAAUUCCAGGAUCAUGUAAAGAGAGCUUUGCUAAAUUACAAAGGAGAACAUAUACAGGAACUUACACUCGACAUUUACCAUAUAGGUGAUGAAGAUUCUGCUGCCACCCUAGACAAAUUGCUCGAAAUAGCCAUGGAAAAAGGUGUGAAACAACUCAAACUCCUCAUCCAUACAUACCAUUGUAUAAAAAAUUCCGCUGAAUAUUACUACGUCCUACCCAUAAGCAUUCUUCGGGCUCAUUCGUUGACAGAUUUAGAGAUUGAGCGCUGCCGGUUUCCUGCUUGUAACCAGUUGUUUAAUGGAGGCAAAUUUCUCGUGUUUAAUAAUAUCAAGUCCUUGAGUCUUACUUGUGUCUACAUUGAAGACGAGAAGUUUCAAUUAUUACUCUCUGCUUGCCCAUUAAUUCAUAAUCUGGAUGUUAAAUUAUGUGAGGGUCUCACCAGAAUCAAGGUGGUCAAUCUUCCAAGGCUCAAGAAACUAGAUAUGCGUCAUGAAAUAAGGAAGAGCCUAAUUUUUGCUGUUGAUGCACCAAGCCUUGAAAGUCUGAGUAUAUCAUAUUUUGGUCGAACAUGGAGUGUUCUUCAACUGCCUGCAUCUCAAAAUUUGAGAGAACUGAUGCUUUUCAACACAUAUAUUACAAAUGCAUUCUUCAAUGACUGGACGAGCUUAUUUCCAAGGCUUGAGAUUUUGGGACUCAAGCACUGCCAUGGCUUCCAGAAUAUCAAUUUAAGAAGCCACUCACUAAAGCACAUACGGUUUUCGUUCACUGCAGAGUCAUUGGUCGAAUUAGAUGCCCCAAAUAUCAUUGACAUGAAAAUUCGUGUUUCAGCAGAAACCAUGCAAAAGGUGUCUUUUAAAGGGGCUCUCCCACGGCAAUGUGUGUCUGAUUUGUGUAUCAUACCAUGCUAUUGGUCGUCUAUUGAUGUCUCAUGGUUUAUGAAAUUAAAUGAGUUGCUAUCAAACCUCAACCCAUCAAAGAUUUCACUUCGCAUUUGUUGUGCAAGUCCUCUUUCUAAACAUGCUAGCUUCGAGGGCAUUCCAACUUUUGAUGCUCACCCUGUUGAUAUUGAACAUUUGGACUUGACAGAAUCUCGAGCAGAUUUACCACGUUAUUUAACUUUUCUUGAUGGUUUGUUUUGGGCUUGUCAUCCUAAGCAUUUUGUCCUGCAUUGGUUGACUCCUUUGGCCUAUCUUCCCGUCAAAAUUUUCUUUUAUAAGAAGUUCAUAACCGACCAAAGAAGUCGGGUGUUCAGCAAUUGGACUCAUACUUUAAGCUUUUGGCAACAUUAUUUGAAGAAGACAGAAAUUCAUUUCUAUGAUACGACUGGAAAAAAGUGCGGUCAGCAAGAUUAUUUGCAUUGGCAGAAAGUAUCAAAGAUCAUAUUGCAUUUAGAUUGGAGUGCAAGUUCAAAUCUUUGGAAUGCUAAAAUAGCCGAGCCCUUGAAGCGAAAGAGUUCAUCAGUGAAAAAUUCAGGUUACAGUGGUUAG